GCCGCCUGUGCACGGGCGGCGGCCAGCCGGGCGGUCGCCUGAGCCGCGCGACAGCCGGGGACGGCGCGGCAUCCGCAGCCUCCGAGUGGGAUGAAGCUGCCCUGCCUCGCUGCUCCGCUCGCCGCCAGCUGACCCCCCGCCUGCGCCCAGCCCGCCCGGGAGCGGAGACGCCGCGGGGCCGUGACCUUGGCGGAGGAGGGCGGACUGAUCAUCAUUCUUACAUCUGAGAGAGGACCAAGUUUUGGGUGACAUGGCCCAGGGGAAUAAUUAUGGGCAGACCAGCAACGGGGUGGCAGAUGAAUCACCCAACAUGCUGGUGUACAGAAAGAUGGAAGACGUCAUAGCACGCAUGCAAGAUGAAAAAAAUGGAAUUCCUAUUCGUACUGUCAAAAGCUUUCUUUCCAAGAUACCUAGUGUCUUCUCCGGGUCAGACAUUGUUCAAUGGUUAAUAAAGAACUUAACUAUAGAAGAUCCAGUGGAGGCUCUCCAUCUGGGGACACUGAUGGCCGCCCAUGGCUACUUCUUUCCCAUCUCAGAUCACGUCCUCACACUCAAGGACGAUGGCACCUUUUACCGAUUUCAAACACCCUAUUUUUGGCCAUCAAAUUGUUGGGAGCCAGAAAACACAGACUAUGCGGUUUAUCUCUGCAAAAGAACAAUGCAGAACAAGGCAAGGCUGGAGCUAGCAGACUAUGAAGCUGAGAGCCUGGCCAGGCUGCAGAGAGCAUUUGCCCGGAAGUGGGAGUUCAUUUUCAUGCAAGCAGAAGCACAAGCGAAAGUGGACAAGAAGAGAGACAAAAUUGAAAGGAAGAUCCUGGACAGCCAAGAGCGAGCUUUCUGGGACGUGCACAGACCCGUGCCUGGAUGUGUAAAUACUACUGAAGUGGACAUUAAGAAAUCAUCCAGAAUGAGGAACCCACACAAAACGCGGAAGUCUGUCUAUGGUUUACAAAAUGAUAUUAGAAGUCACAGUCCCACCCACACGCCUACACCAGAAACCAAGCCACCAACAGAAGAUGAAUUACAACAACAGAUAAAAUAUUGGCAAAUACAGUUAGAUAGACACCGGUUAAAAAUGUCAAAAGUUGCUGAUAGUCUGCUAAGUUAUACAGAACAGUAUUUAGAAUACGACCCGUUUCUUGUGCCACCUGACCCUUCUAACCCAUGGCUGUCCGAUGAUACCACUUUCUGGGAACUUGAAGCAAGCAAAGAACCGAGCCAGCAGAGGGUAAAACGGUGGGGUUUUGGCAUGGAUGAGGCAUUAAAAGACCCAGUUGGGAGAGAACAAUUCCUUAAAUUUCUAGAGUCAGAAUUCAGCUCAGAAAACUUAAGAUUCUGGCUAGCAGUGGAGGACCUGAAGAAAAGGCCUAUCAGAGAAGUGCCCUCGCGAGUUCAGGAAAUAUGGCAAGAAUUCCUGGCUCCAGGAGCCCCCAGUGCCAUUAAUUUGGAUUCUAAGAGUUACGACAAAACCACACAGAAUGUGAAGGAGGCUGGACGGUACACGUUCGAAGAUGCUCAGGAGCAUAUUUACAAACUGAUGAAAAGUGAUUCAUACCCACGUUUUAUAAGAUCCAGUGCCUAUCAGGAACUUCUACAGGCAAAGAAAAAGUCGGAAAACUCAAUGGAUCGCAGAACAUCUUUAGAGAAAUUUGCACAGAACGUGGGCAGAAACAUCCCUAUUUUCCCAUGCCAUAAAAACUGUACACCAACACUGAGGGCCAGCACUAACCUGUUAUGAAAAGAGGGGAAAUCUCUCACGUCAAAGAGGUUAACAAGCCUUGUUCAGUCUUACUAAGAGGAUUAUCUUGUAGCAUGGAAGCAGACUGGAAUCAUUGCACAUACUUUGUAGCUCGUUCUUGUUACCUGGAGCAGAGGACCUUAGACCAAGUUGUUGCAUGAGCCAAGGACCUGAAUUGUUAUUUUUGUGUGUACAGUAAGGCAUUGCCAUCUCCAUGGGACUCUUUCCUGUCUCAAUGCCUCCAUUGCAAACUGUUGUCUGCUUUCCUUCUCCUAAGCUGGAUCUGUGUCUUUUCCUUUUAACAAGUUCAAGUGCGGGAACACCUUUUUUCCCCCAAUGUCUGUUUCUCUUGAAGCUUCUCCGAGACACACAAUUCACUGAAAAUUCAGUCAGUCACAAACUGGAAGAAUUGCAAAAGAAAAAAAAAAAAGUAUAUAUCAAUAAGUAUACAUAUGGCUUCACAUUAUUACACAAUAAAUCAGCACAGAACGUUUCAUCUCGCCUGCGUCUUCACAGUCAGAAACAAACUCAUGUCUUUGUUGUCUGUACAUUCUCGGUUAAUGUUUCUCGCAUUUAUUUUUAUACCAUAUUUAAAUACGAAACACCUUUUACUCCAAAUGUAUGAAAGUGGAUCCCUUCUCUGUAAAUUUGUGUAUGUUUAUAUUGUUGUUUUAUCUUUCAUUAAAAGAUGCUGAAUCUC